UAGAAGCAGGCGUCUGCGGCUUGGUGGAAGACAAUAGCUGUGGCUCCCUUUGGGGUCCGGAGUCCUGGCGAGAAGUGCUUCUGAAGAUCGGUCCAAGCCCCUUUUUGUCGUGCCUCUCCACACUGAGCAUCCCGCCCAGGAACUCCAAGCGGGCUUUGUUUGGCCGCAGUUGUUCCUGCCUUUUAGCCAGCCCCGGUCAUCAGUGCCUUAGUUCCUGAAGCCACCGUCCUCUCACAGCUGAACUAGGACCCCGGCAGCAUCCGGCAGCAGAUGGUACUCAAGUUUGGCGACAUCUGCCCGGCCAUGUUGGCGCCCCGCACGUCGUGCUUCACGCAAGCAAACUUUUUUCGUGGAAAAGAAGCCCCUCCAGCUUUCUCUUAAUCCUGUAGCGCGCGCGCUCAGCUUCUCUUCCCGAAGACUGCGCUCAGUGACAGGGUUGUGGCCUCCCUCCAGCCUUGGGGGCGGAGCUUGCGGGAUCCGAGGAGCCAUCCUGAGAACCUUCGACUAAGCGUGGGUCCUGAGAGAGAACCGGACGAGAAGGCAAGCUAAGAGCCACUCAGGCUGCGCCCCCUCUACUACCCUGGCUCAGUACUUGGCUGAUUUGAGAGGGCACGCUGGUCAGGACUCCUCGAGAGGAGCUGCUGAGUGUUAGAGCGGCUGUCCUCAUGGCCCUUCAACUGCCUGGAACUGGAUUCUGGACCGGGCACAAAAAUGCUUGCUUUUGCCUUGUCCAAGUUUCAGAGCACGUAUGUUGACAAUUGGAAUCCUGAGCCAAUCAAGAAUCAAGUUCAAAGUGGUACUCCUGGGCUCUCCAUCCCAGACUUCAACAAGUCUAAUUUGAGACUAGAAGAGAGGGGUCUCCUGCUCUAUUAGAUCUCCAUUCUGGAAUUGGACCUGACAGCUCUUCUCACCAAUACGUGGACUGCAGUGGCUUCAGGGUUCUCUUAGGGGGGUUGGGAAGGGUUCUCUCUGAAGACCAGACCCAAACGCUCAGAACCUUGACAAUGGACCGAGUUUAUGAAAUGCCCGAGGAGCCAAAUGUGGAUCCGAUUUCAUCUCUGGAGGAAGAUGUCAUCCGUGGGGCCAACCCUCGAUUUACCUUUCCAUUUGGCAUCCUUUUCUCUACCUUCCUGUACUGUGGGGAGGCUGCAUCUGCCUUGUACAUGGUUAGAAUCUAUCGAAAGAAUAGUGAAACCUACUGGAUGGCAUACACCUUUUCCUUCUUUAUGUUUUCAUCCAUUAUGGUCCAGUUGACACUCAUUUUUGUCCACAGAGAUCUGGCUAAAGACAAGCCACUCUCAUUGUUUAUGCAUCUAAUACUUUUGGGACCUGUUAUCAGAUGUUUGGAGGCCAUGAUUAAAUACCUCACACUGUUGAAGAAAGAGGGGCAGGAGGAGCCCUAUGUCAGCCUCACCCGAAAGAAGAUGCUAAUAAAUGGCGAGGAGGUGCUGAUAGAAUGGGAGGUGGGCCACUCCAUCCGGACCCUGGCUAUGCACCGCAAUGCCUACAAGCGUAUGUCACAGAUCCAAGCCUUCCUGGGUUCAGUGCCCCAGCUGACCUAUCAGCUCUAUGUGACCCUGAUCUCUGCAGAGGUCCCCCUGGGUAGAGUUGUGCUAAUGGUCUUUUCCCUGAUAUCUGUCACCUAUGGGGCUACCCUCUGCAAUAUGUUGGCUAUCCAGAUCAAGUACGAUGAAUACAAGAUUCGCCUCGGGCCACUAGAAGUUCUCUGCAUCACCAUCUGGAGGACAUUGGAAAUUACUUCCCGCCUCCUGAUUUUGGUGCUCUUCUCAGCCACUUUGAAAUUGAAGGCUGUACCCUUCUUAUUGCUCAACUUCCUGAUUAUCCUCUUUGAACCUUGGGUUAAAUUCUGGAGGAGUGGUGCCCAGAUGCCCAAUAACAUUGAAAAAAAUUUCAGCCAGGUUGGCACCCUUGUGGUGCUGAUUUCCAUUACCGUACUCUAUGCUGGCAUCAACUUCUCUUGCUGGUCAGCGUUGCAGUUGAAGUUGGCAGACAGGGACCUUGUUGAAAAAGGUCAGAACUGGGGACAUAUGGGCCUGCACUAUAGUGUGAGAUUGGUAGAGAAUGUGAUCAUGGUCCUGGUUUUUAAGUUCUUUGGAGUGAAAGUGCUAUUGAAUUACUGCCAUUCCUUGAUUGCCCUGCAGCUCAUUAUUGCUUACCUGAUUUCCAUUGGUUUCAUGCUCCUUUUCUUUCAGUACUUGCAUCCAUUGCGCUCACUCUUCACCCACAACAUAGUGGACUACCUCCACUGUGUCUGUUGCCACCGGCACCCUCGGGGCAGGGUUGAGAACUUGGAGCCAUCCUUUGAUGCUGAAGCAAGGCAAAGUGUUGUCUAAUUCUAUCUCCUGGGUAUUUGAGGAUGGGUUUGGGGUGGCCAAGAACAAUUGUGAAAUUUAAGGAGGGGAUGAGGCUCAUAGCUGAAUACCCACCAGAAUGUUUUCCUGAGUUUUCUGGUAAGCUUUUCAGAAGAAAGAGCAGCCCUCAAAUAGGUUUUAUUUCCUUAAGAUGGACUGCUAUGUUUGGACACCAAGAUAGCCACCAUAUAUUCAGAAGGGUCCGAGAUAGCAUUUACACUCCUCCCACUCAGGUCAGCUGUCUCGUCUCCCUAUGGGAUAACUUACCUCCAUGCACCUUAGGCUCUCAGUGACCUAGCUCUGCUCAUUUGCUUGAGGUGCAUUACUGAGCUUUCCCAAGGCUAAGCUGAAAGCCCAGAAUCGGACUAGAAUAUAUCCUGACUGAUCAGAGGAUGUGACCACUUACUAUGUUUACCCUUCAGGAAAAAUUCUGACUAAUGUGGAACAUGUAAGUGUAGCUGGAGUCUUUAAUUCCAAUGAGAAACUCUGGUUAAGAAGAAAAAACCCUACUAUUAAAAGAGUUGCCCCCGAAAUGAGUUAGCUUUCCAUUAGGAUUUUACUAAUGAUCAUUCAUCAAGGACCUCUCUUUUCAGCGGCCUAUUGUAGGCACACUCUGAGGAGGGAGUGGAGAGUAGGAUUCCUUCAGGGCAUAUGCCAGAAUGACUUUUUCUCAGGGACCUGCAUAGGCCUGCAGCUUGUACGUACAGUGGAGUGGUUGAGUAAAAUCUCUCACUUUGUAGCUCAUUAUCAGGGAUUCCCUCCAACCCGGCUUUUCUGUGCUUCUGGCAUUUUACUACUUGAUAUGAACCUCAGAGAAGGUGAACUGUAAUUAAAAAGGUUUCUAAUGUGUGUAAGAAAUGAAGAUUUCAUUGUGUC